GUUGGUGCCUUAGCAACUUACACUUCUGCUACGACUUUUGAUGAUGUUUAUAAAGAAAAUCCUGUCUUAGAACCAGGAGGCCGUUAUCAUCCAAAAGAUUGUGUCGCACGUCAUCGUGUAGCCAUUAUUAUACCUUAUAGAAAUAGAGAGAGUCAGUUGAAAAUAUUUCUCAAAAAUAUUCAUCCUAUAUUACAACGUCAACAAUUAGACUAUGGUAUUUAUGUGAUUGAUAUGGAAUUACCUACACAGUUUAAUCGAGCUAUGUUAAUGAAUAUUGGUUACAAUGAAUCGUUGCAAAUCUACGAUUAUCAAUGUUUUGUGUUCCAUGAUGUUGAUUUAAUACCAGAAAAUGAUAAAAAUAUUUACUCGUGUCCAGAGAGUCCCAGGCAUAUGUCUGUUGCUGUGGACAAAUUUAGUUACAAAUUACCUUAUGCCAGUAUAUUUGGUGGUGUGAGUGCCUUAACCAAAGAACAGAUGAUUAAAACCAAUGGUUUUUCUAAUAAAUUUUUUGGUUGGGGAGGAGAAGAUGAUGAUAUGUAUUCAAGAAUCCGUAAUAAAGGUUAUAAGAUAUCCAGAUAUUCUGUAGAUGUGGCUAGAUAUAGAAUGAUAAAACACCAAAGAGAAACUUCAAAUCCUGUAAAUAAAGAUAGAUAUAAAUUGAUGUCUGGUGGUAAAGCCAGACAAGAUAAAGAUGGUGUUAAUAGUUUAAAAUAUAUUGUGAUCAAACGGGAAUUUAACCCUACAUACACCUAUAUACUUACUAAAAUAGAUAAAGAUGCAGUCAUGAAGGUAAGUUAUUGUCAUAUGGAAUAA